AUGUCGGAUCUUCUCGGCAAAAUGAAAACUCGUCUUGUCGAGUUUUUGGAUUCAACAAAUAGAAAUUUGGAUGUGAAGGAUUUGCUGGUAAUACUAUCCAUUCUGAACGAAAAUGGAGUGAAGGUCAUCAAACAUGAAGGAUUAACUUCUUCGGGACAAGAGAAGCUACGCAAGCUAUUCACCGAAGGGCUUGUUUCCGACAUCUUCCAUGCUUUCUUUUCUGCUUGGAUGAAGACACCAAUGGCAAGAAUCAUGCUCCAGACAAAAAUUGAGUUUUUCUUUAUAUUCCUCAUCAUUUGUCAUCAUAUUCCUUAUCAUUUAUUAUAUUCGUAA